GCAGUGGUUUUUAUUCAUUCAAACUGUUGCGUCCGUCAGUCUGUGCACGAUGAAUUCUAAACUUAAACAAAGAGUGAUGCAAUGAAAUUCCAGUCAACAUAGAGGUUGCUUUUCACAAUAAAAAAGAUAUCGGAUGACUGGAGUGAUGAACUUUUCGGACGAUGCCAUGGCUUUACAUUAUAACAAUCUGUACAAAAUUCUUCGAAAAGACUCCAUAAACAGCAGUCAAAAUUCGAGUAUUAACGAAUGGAUUGGUGACUUCGGGACAGAAGCUUCGUUUCUGAAAAGCGCACGGAUAUUUUACGCUUACUUUACCCCCGUGAUUCUCGUGGUGGGAUUUCUGGGGAACCUGUUAUCCCUGUACGUCUUCUUAUCCAGAAACAUGCGUGGUAUAUCUGCCAGCACCUACUUAGCCUCCCUGUCGACAUCAGAUCUUUUGACGUUGAUAUUCUACGUAACGGUGGAAUGGAUCAGGCGAGGACUAGUUUACGUCAGACCUGACCUAAAGUUAACGUUUAUUGAUGUGGAGGGAUUAUGUCAGUUUCAGCUUUAUAUGUCCUAUGUGUCCAGAUUCCUCUCAGCUUGGCUUGUGGUGGCAUUCACAGGGGAGAGAUACAUCGGUGUGUGUCAUCCAUUAAGGAGGAGGGAUAUAUGCACCAAAAGUGGUACGCGGCGGAUUGUGGGGUCUAUCUUCGUAAUCUCCAUUGUGAUUGCUCUUUAUAAGCCAAUACUCAGUGCUAUAUACGUGGGAACCGACGGGAAACAUUACUGUACGACAGAUAGAGAUUACGACUUUGCGUCUUUUGUUUUGGAUAGUAUUUAUGCCGUUCUCAUCACGCUGGUACCAUUCGUAAUUAUCACGGUGUUGAACAUUUUAAUCAUGCGAAGACUAAUUAUUCGAAACAAACGCAAACGGGAAUGUAAAAUCAUCACCGAGGAAAGCAUCAUUCGACUUGAAUUCACAAUCAUUCUACUGGCAAUCUCAUUCUGCUUCAUCGGCUUAAAUAUUCCGUUUUUCGCCGUAUGGCUUCGAAAUUUCCUUCAUUCGAAGUUCAUUUCAAAAAUGGAUGUUAUGGAACAUUUGGAAGGCCAUAAGGCUUUUUCUAACUUUGAAUUCUGGCAAGGCGUUCUGUAUAUCACUAGAACGAUUUUUUACCUGAACUACUGUAUUAAUUUUUUCCUAUACAGCAUUACAGGGGCAUAUUUUCGAAGAGAGGUAAAGAUGUUGUUCACGUAUCACUCUCUAAAGCGAGACUCUUACAGCAGGUGUUCCCUAAGGACAUCGCGGUCCAACUCUCAAACCCCACAAUCGUACUUGUGAUAGAAUGUUUUACUUCUCUGAGUUGAAUCACUGACAUAUAUUUUCUUCGACAUGAAACAGCAUGGCAAUUAUCGACAGUGGAAAUUUAUCUUAUAUACAUUGUAGUUGUUUUCACACAAUUAUUCUCUAUCAUACAAACAAUAUAUCGAAACAAGUUUUAUUUUUACAAUAUAUUAUACGAAAAAUUAUGUUUUAUAUUUAUUAAAUGUGUGUAUAUGUGCUGGAUAUUUAUAGAUUGACUGCUCAACAUUCUGUUUCUUUGUAAGUGUAAUUACAUAUAUGUAAUUUAUCCCAGUCACACCUUACCGGUUUACGCAAAGUAUGACCAAAGUCUUACAAAAAAAAGGGCGCCAUUACACAAUAUGUUAGUUGCCGACCAAUCGUUGUUAAGGGUUCUGUCCUUUCUGACAUUAAUUAUUUUUCAAAUAAUAUCUGCAAUAUGACUAACGUAGUCAUAUUGCAGAUAUUAUUUGAAAAAUGAUAUAUGUCAGAAAGGACAGUUCCCAUAUUCAGUGCAUGAAAACUAAUAAGAAACGGAUUUGUUUUGGUCAUUACACGAUUGCAGGUGUGAGGACCUGUCAACUAGCGGGCCUCGCCCUUUGAGUGACGAGCAAUUAACGGUAAAAACGAUAACGUCACGUCUUAUUAACUGUUAAACGGUUGCCGAACUUUAGACUACGGCUGUUUAUCAGUUUUGUUAGAGUCAAUCCAGUUUAUUCUUUUCACAGCCGUAGUUGUUUGCAUGCAAAUUACUCGGGUCCAACGGACAUCAACAAUUGUUAACGGAAGCAGACCGCUUACAUUGAGUAAAUCACAAAACGCAUAGCUUCCGUACUCCUUAGUCUGAUCGUAACCUUUCCAAAAACAUGUUCAAACUUUCUGUUGGAAAGAAUAGAAUUCAACGGACUCCUUUAUAUUUGAUUGUAUUUGCCAAUCAAGAUAAGGACGAGAAUGCAACGCAUGCAAACCAGAGACGAACGGAUUGAAAAUACAACCGUUGAACAUGUAUGUACGGUAGCGUAAUUCGGUAAGGUGUAACUGUUCACGCAAUCUUCGAAGCAAUGUUACUUUUCUCAGCGUAUUUUUCCGUCAACAUUAAAAUUGUUUUAAUUUCCAUUAUAUGGUAUUCUUAUGUUUUAAGAAAUGUAUAUUUAUAAGAUAAUGUAUACUAGUAUUAAACAUUUAUACUGUAA